AUGGUGUCCCCCGUUGACGCCACCAUUGGUCAGAUGGUCAAACCCCCUGUCGGGGCCCUGGUGAAAUCCAAUCUCCCAACCGCCAACGCGCAGGCCAGGAUGGCGACUUCUGGUGCCUCUGAAAAUACCCUCCACCUGCAACGCCGCAACCCCGACGCCCAAGCUGAUGACCAGCCCACCGGUGACGCCUACGUUACCAACGUCGUCCAGACCAUCGAGCUCAUCCAGGUAGUCGACUCGUCGGGCAACCCUCUGGCCACACGCACAACCUCGUCCCCGCCCAACACCGUCGUCGUUGACGGCGUGUCGGGCCAGACAAUCGCCGCCAUUUCCGCCCCUGGGUCAUCGUCGACCGCCGGGGCCUCGAGCCCGGGCGGCAACAGCAAUGACCCGUCCGCAUCCACGGCACCCUCCUACAACCCCUCGGUCACGUAUCCGACGACGAUCCACGCAGCGUCGGCCUCGGUAGGCCUGUCCUCGACGUCGGCCGGCGCCACCUCAUCGCCAUCUACCGGCUCGACGGAUGCCGUCAUCAGUGCUUCGCAGGGCCUGACGUCUACAUCUUCCUCCCCAGGAACGCAGACCCCCUCGACCACGACGCCAUCUGUACUCAUUCCUUCCCUCCUCUCCACAACGCCGCUCCUGGCCUCUCAUAGUAGCAACACCACCACGACGCCGAGCGUAAGCCCAACGCCAUCGACAACACCGAGCUCCUCCGAUCACCGACACACCACCCCCAUCUCAUCAUCCUUCAGCGUCGCAUCGAUUCGCUCGUCAUCGUCCCGCACCAGCACCCCCGCCUCAUCGUCGUCCUUCGACCACUCCUUGAAAUGGUCCACAUCUCUGUCGCCCACAUCUACCAGCUUGGGAGGCUGGGGUGACUAUUCAGGCCAGAGUGGCAUCCCCACCGCGUCGGGGACGGCCGAGGGAGACGGUUCCGGAGACCAAGGUGGGACCGGAGACGGCGGAGAUGACGGCGGAAGCGGACAACCCCUCGCCCUGUCACCGCAGAACAAGCGCAUCGUGGGCGGCGUCGUGGGGAGCAUAGCCGGCGUAGCGGUGCUGCUCCUGCUGGUGCUCAUAGCUCUCAAGUACAAGAAGAGGAGGGACGAGGUCAACGAGAUCAUCCCGCCCGGCUCGUCGGCAUCGAGACGCAUCGAGGCUAGGCCCGGAUCCGGUCCCGGGUCACCGAGCACCACGGGCCCGGGCUCACCAGGAGCGGUAUCGGGAGCAGCACAGGCGCCGAUGGCGGAGCAGCGCAGCAGCGCCCUCUCGUCUGUGCCGUCCGUGCUGGCGGGACUGGCCGCGGCCCGGAAGAAGAAUGGGUCGGAGCAGGACUCGGUGUCCAACGCCAGCGUGGCGGGGGGCAGCGAGACGGGCUUCGUGCGCGUGUCUGGCAGGAAGUUGCCGUCCGUACUGCAGCACGGCGGUGACGGCUUCUCGGACCCGAGAGAGAGCUACAUGAGCGGCGAGUCGGACUACUACCGCGGCUCCCAGGCGUUCGAGCCCGGCGCGGCAGGGCAGCUGGGUGGACCGACGCGGCUGCUGGCUCUGGGCAACCCGAUGAGGCCGGUAAGCGGUGUACCCGUGAUGCGGACCGGGCCUGGCAAGACGCCGGUGACGGAGGAGAACCCAUUCGAGGACUCGUUCGAGUCGCCGCCUUCGUCGCCGCCUCGUGCUGGGGGCAUUCACGGGCUGACGCAGAGCCCUGGGUCCAACGACGGAUCGAGGGGAUCCGGAUCGAGAUUUCAGGAAGAGAUCUGA